AGUUUCGCGUCUUGACUCUACCCAUCAACAGGCGUUAUCUACUCAAUAGACUACUUGCGUAGAUUAAAACAAGCAACUUUUAUUCUAUAACUUUUCGUGAUUCAUAGUUUUGUUUUUGAUAUUAAAAAAAAAUCUAAUUUGCGAUUCUACACAUCUUAACUCUAUGUUAUGUCAAGCAACACGAGACAGUACAGUAGCGUUUGUGGCAGAAUCGAACAUAGUUAACUAUUAUAUUGUUUAGAAAGGGUUACGUUUAGAAGUCGUAGAACAAAAGAUAUAUAUAUAUAGUCUCUAUGUUACCUUAUGAGCCUUUGGAAGGUUAUGCGUUAGAUACCAGUUACCCUGUAUAAUUAAGAGUAUGGAGAAGGACAUAGGGUUCAACGCGGAAAAAACUAUUGUUCCCAUGGGAUUUGCGAAAAAACUAUAUUAUAGGUAGCGCCUAAUAUAAAAACACUAGAUGGCGCUGUGUGUAUUUUAAAUGCGCUAUGGAUAUUUUAAUUCAACUAUCCUAAUCCCAAUUUAAUACGAAGAAAAAAAUCGUACUAAAAAGGCUAGUAACUGAGCGCUAAUAUUCUACUUUUGAAAUAUAUUAAUUAGAACUAAUUUAUCUAUUUCUUCUUAGUGUGUCGACUCGGCGAAUCAUAUUUGUGAAGACCAUUAAUAACACUUAUGAAUUAAUUGUAUGUGUUAUUAUCGUAUCUGUAUUGAGAAGUGCGAAAUACUCGAUGGAUACCUUUUUACGAGGUAUUUAAUGUACCAUUGUUGUGUUUAAAUAAACGUCCAAAUAGUAUUUAAUUGGCUGCUUCGUCAUAAGUAGAGUUGUAAACAGUACUAAAUUUUUUAUUCCAGUAGGUAUCAAGUGGUUUCAUUUCCUGCCACAGUUUCCUCUGCAAUUCCGUAGGCUUGUGGUCAACUGGCUUGACAUUCUUAUCACCUCUGUACGUUUAUUUAUUCAUUUUGAAUUAAGAACAAACUUCUGGUUGGUGGACUGUUUUGUGCGACAACACUCUUCUCAUUAAUUCGGUUUAUGUAUGGCAUGCCCUUAUGUCCUUUUUAGCUUUCCUCGUCGUCUUUUUAGAUUUUAUUGAGUGUAUUAUCUACCUACCGCCAACUAGUGACAUAGUCGCAUACACAUUAACUAAAUAGGUAGUUAACAUGUGUGCAGGUUUACUCAAGAUGUUUUCGUUUACCGGAAGCAAAAUUCAGAUAAACUCAUGGUGGCAUAAAAUGUAACAUUGUUAUGCUUAUGUAUAGGUAGGUAGGGACGGGUAGGAGGGAUUUAGUGUGUUGGGUACCUACUCACCGUGAGGUAGGUAUUACUAAGUACAUACCUAAGUACUUAUGUUUAAACCUUCUAAAAUAGUUAUAAGAAAGAGCGGCACUUCCGACAACCAUUAGACCUUGAAGGCUAUUUAUUGAACUUCUUCUAAAGUUUUUUUUCUUACAAUUCGUGUGUUUAUCUUAGUAGCGAGGACGUCACAAUUGCUGAAGCAGGGUCUGUACUGUGUAAUAAACAUACAUUGUCUUCAUCACCUAAGUAUACACCUUACUAAUACUCUCACGCUUUCACGGCUAAACCGCUGGGCCGAUUUUGAUAGAAUUGGAAUAGAUAUAGUUUAAUACCCUUGGUCCCAGGGUCUUUAACUAGGUAUACCUACCUAUAUUCCCUAGGGCGUAGGUCAAUCAUAGGCUACCUAACGCGGAACAUACUAAACUAACAAAUGAACAAAAUCUCAAAUUUCAGCUCCUACUGAAGCAGUUUGGAACAGUCUGUAUAUAACAACUCAAUCUAUAUAUAAAACCCAUAUCAUCUAUUCAUAAGAUCCAUUUUUAUUUGUGACGAAACAAAUGCAGGGUCUUUAUACAGACGAACAGUCACUUUGAGGCUUUGAUCAACAUUGCUGAGCGGUUCACGCGCCAGCUAACACGUCUUAGCUCUGUUUUUUAUUAUAAUUUAUUAAUCGUUACAAUGAAGUUAGCAUUCGCCAUCUUGUGUUUAUUUGCCGUCAAAAAUAUUUGGGCGUACCAAACCAAUACGCCGCUUAUUAAGAAUGUAUUUCGUGGAGGCGAACAUUUGGAGGGGCCCUCGUGGUCUACCACGGAAAAUGCGCUUUACUUCGUGGACAUCUCGGGGCAGAAGGUCCACCGCCUUGACGGGUUUCUUGGGAACGUCACUACAAGGAACAUUAGUUAUGGGCCCGUGUCGCUAGUGGUGCCAGUGGCGAACUUCCCGAAGUUGGUGCUGGUGUCGUCAAAGAGGUCACUCUUCUUCUUGCCAUGGAACAGCGCGGACGGAGACAAGUCACUGUCGCUGCUUAGCACCGUCGACUACGGCAAUCCAGAGAACAGGAUCAAUGACGGGAAGGUCGACGCCAGGGGAAGGCUCUGGUUUGGAACGAUGGGCAAAGAAGAUCACAGCGGAGUGGACCUGGACAGGGGGUCUAUGUACAUGCUGGACGAGCACAACUACGCGAACCCAGAGAUCAAGGUUCGGCCGGUGUCCAUCUCCAACGGGAUAGCCUGGACUUCCGAUAACAAGUACAUGUUCUACGUCGACAGCCCUACCAGGAACAUCGACGUGUUCGAUUUUGAUCUCGAAACGGCUACUUUACGUAAUCGCAGAACCUUGUUUAGCUUCAAAGCCAACAACGUGAGCGGAGUUCCAGACGGCAUGACUAUAGAUAGCGACGAGAACCUAUGGGUGGCGUGCUAUGGCGGGGGGAAGGUAAUAAAAAUCGAUUCGCGAGCGGCCAAGCUAAUGGAACAGCACAAAAUCGAAGCAAGUCAGGUGACGUCAGUCAUGUGGGGGGGUAAGGACCUAUCCACACUGUACGUGACGACCAGCCGGCGCGACCUGACGCCCGCGCAGCUGGCGCAGGAGCCCGAGGCCGGCUCGCUCUUUGCCAUCCAGGGCGCCGGCGCAAAGGGCCUGCCGCAGUACCAUCUCAAAUUCGCCGAUGCGACUAAAUAUAGUGUUGGCGUUGUAAAACAAUAAAUUGGGUUAUACCUCUA